AUGUCUUCCUUGCUGAUGGAGCCCUGCCUCCUGCCUGCGCUGGUGGAGGAGCACUCUGCGGCUGGAGUCAAAGGCUCUGCCCUCAGCUCAGGUCGGCAGGCAUCCAGGUCCUAUAGACCACUGCUCAAUAAUAACUCCUUCCUACAGCCAAGCAGUGCUAAAGUGCCUUUGCUGCAGUCACCAGAGAUGAAGAAGUUGAAAAACACCCACAGCCUCUCUGACGCCUCGUGUCCCCACUCUGGGGGCGAUGGGGAGAGCUUCCCUGGCAGCCUGGUCAAUGAAGCAGUGAAAAGCAGCAACCUUGUGUUGGAGCAAACUGCGGUCUCCUCCCUGACCCUUGUGCCCAGCGGUGCGAUCCUCAGGAAGGAUCGGUGCUCACGGAAGGAAGCUGAGAGGAGAGCACACAGCUUAAAAGAGAAGGAGCCGGAGAUCAGCCUCGUGGAGGCUGUGCAGCCGCUUGCCGGACAGACUGCCACAAACGACAGCUUUGGACGCGAAGUUGAAAGCUCAGGCCUUACAAAUGUGGGCAGCCUGUCCAACUGGAACAGCAGGUGGGGGCAGCACGUCAUAGCACAGUUCACCCCAAAAGAAACCAGCGCUCCUGUGAACUCAGAGCUGGGUAGGCAUCGCCUUAACGGUAACUCAAGCCUUAUAGGCACCAAUGGUGCUGUUGUCUGCACUAAGCGUAUCAGUGUCCAUCUCUUGGCCUCGCAUGCUGGCUCUCCCGACUGCAACGCUGACUGCCGGCUUGUAAGCAUGCUGAGCUCAUGUGGUGGGGACCGGGUGCCAAAAGCAGAGCCUCUGCAUCUCGCUGCUGUUUCUGAAGUGGCAACUCAGAUGUCUACCAUGCAACUGGAGAAAGAGGAGAAACAGGCCCAGGCUGAGCUCCCAAGAAAGCUUGAUGUCACUGCUGAGCAGUUGCUGCUGGAGCCAAGUCAUCCCCAGGAUGAAGCAGAGGAAGAACUUCCUGAUGGUCUGGACGAGAGCUGCAGUCAGGAGGAGGACGAGGACAGUGACUCAGAUGCUUCCUCUGUUGCUGACGUGACGUCCAGUGGCUCUGUGGCUCUUGUAUCCAGGAACUGCAUCAAGUGCCUGGCCCAGCCCGCUGAGGCUCAGGAGAAAGUGCUCAAACCAGCUCUUGUCUGCAGUUUAUUCCCUAAUGUGCCUCCGACUAUCUACUUCAGCACUCGGGAUGAGAGAGGUGAGCCGGGGUCUGUUACUGUGCAAGAUCCCUGUAACAAUCAUGUCUGCAAGGAUAUGACCCACCUGGUUAACUGGAUCCCUCUCACAGCCCUCAGUUUGUUGCCUCACAAAAGCAACGACUGGCUGGGCUGCUGGGGCCACCACAUGAAAUCCCCCAGCUUCAGAGCCAUCAGGGAGCACCAGAAGCUAAACCACUUCCCUGGUUCAUUUCAAAUUGGGAGAAAGGACCGUCUGUGGCGCAACCUGUUGAAGAUGCAGGCUCGCUGUGGGAAGAAGGAGUUUAACUUCUUCCCGCAGUCCUUCAUCCUGCCCCAGGACAUCAAAUUACUCAGGAAAGCAUGGGAGGAAGGAGCCAGCCGCCAGAAAUGGAUUGUGAAACCACCAGCAUCAGCAAGAGGCAUUGGUAUCCAGGUCAUCCACAAAUGGAGCCAGCUCCCCAAAAGGAGACCGCUGCUGGUACAAAGAUAUCUACACAAACCCUACCUCAUUGGCGGGAAGAAGUUCGACCUGAGGAUCUACGUUUAUGUCACUUGCUACGAUCCCCUCAGGGUCUACCUGUUCAAGGACGGAUUGGUUCGCUUUGCUAGCUGCAAGUACUCCUCCUCAAUGAAGAGCCUGAGCAACAAGUUUGUGCACUUGACCAACUACAGCGUGAACAAGAAGAACACAGAGUACAAGUCCAAUUCGGAUGAGACUGCUUGUCAGGGACACAAAUGGGCACUCAAAGCUCUCUGGAGUUACCUGACCCAGAAGGGAGUUAAUAGCGAGGCCAUCUGGGAGAAGAUUAAGGACAUCGUUAUCAAAACCAUCAUUGCAUCUGAGCCCUACGUGAAUAGCCUGGUGAAGAUGUACGUGCGGCGGCCGUAUUGUUGCCAUGAGCUGUUUGGGUUUGAUAUCAUGCUGGAUGAAAACCUCAAGCCCUGGAUCUUAGAGGUCAACAUUUCCCCAAGCCUCCACUCCAACUCCCCACUGGAUGUGAGCAUCAAGGGCCAGAUGAUCCGGGACCUCCUCAACCUCGCCGGCUUUGUUCUGCCCAGCACGGACAGCAUGGCCUCAAGGCCACAGACAAGAAAUGGCUCUACCUGCAGUCCAGGCAGUACUUUAAAGGAGAAGCCCAAGCCAGCAUCUGAGCAUUUCAUAGCAGAGAAGAUGAAGAAGGCCUAUUACUUGACGCAGAAGAUACCUGACCAGGACUUUUAUUCUUCUGUCUUGGACAUCCUGACGCCAGAUGAUGUCCGCAUCCUGGUGCAGACAGAGGACGAGUAUUCCCGGCGUGGGCAGUUCGAGCGGGUGUUCCCCACCCACAUCUCCAUGCGCUACCUGCGCUUCUUUGAGCAACCUCGUUACUUCAACAUCCUGGUGACCCAGUGGGAGCUCAAAUACUACUUGAAUAAACACAAAGGUCUGGAGCUACUGAGGAACUGGUGUGUCCAGGGGUACCACACUGGGGCAGGGACAGAUUUGGCCCAGACGUGGUCGUUGCCAAAGUCUUUCUUCCUCCAGAAGAGCAGCGUUCAAUCAAAUGGCUUCAGCAAACUGGAUCUGGGCAGGCUGGGCGCACUCCUUCCCUCGGCCGGUGAGGACCUCACAAGAUGCCUGGAGCCCAGCCCUGCUCAGACCUUACCUCUCAACAAGUGCACUGAUGGAGCCGACCAGAAACCUGCUGGCUGCCUCUCAGACACUGCGCUGGUGAUGUGA